GGGCGGGGCCGCCGUUGCCAGAGAAGCCACUAGUCGGUUACUAGCUGCGCUUUUGUUCCACUUGAGCGGGCACUCUUCCGCGGCAAGCAGGUCUAGGAAUUCGCCUGCUUCCCACCUCGCGUCCCUUGCCUUCUUUCCUAGUCUACCCACUGUAGUGCCCCCUGCGUCCCGCUCCCUCCUAGCCGACUCAGAGCACAAGAAGGAUUACCAGAGUUUCCAUUGCAGCAGCCGUGGCGCCUCUGACCCUUUUUUAAUAUCGUGGCGACGGCGGGCUGACGUCACGACGACGUGCGGACGCAGCGGCGGGGGCCUUUCAGCUUAUGUGGAGAAGUCGCUGUGAAGCCACCUAUAAAUCCAUUUACUGAAUUUAUGGAGAAGGCUGUAAAUGAUGGAAGUCAUUCAGAAGAACUCUUUUGCCAUCUUAAAACUAUAUCAGAGAAAGAAGAUUUACCACGGUGUACCAGUGAAAGUCAUCUCAGCUGCCUGAAGCAGGACAUUCUAAAUGAAAAGACUGAAUUGGAAGCAACACUUAAGGAAGCGGAGUUGGUAACUCAUUCUAUAGAAUUGCUUUUGCCACUAUUUAAGGACACCAUUGAAAAGAUUAAUUUUGAAAAUGCGAAUCUUUCUGCAUCGAAUUUGAAGAUUUCUGAACAGAAGGAAAUAUUAACAAAAGAAUUAGACACCUUCAAAAGUGUAAAACUAGCUUUAGAACAUCUUCUUAGAAAGAGAGACUACAAACAAACAGGAGACAAUUUACCCAGCAUGUUGCUAGAAAAUCUAACUGAUAAUGAAAGUGAAAAUACUAAUCUUAAGAAGAAGGUAUUUGAAAAGGAGGCCCAUAUCCAAGAACUUUCUUGUUUGUUUCAGAGUGAAAAGGCAAAUACUUUGAAAGCAAACCGUUUUUCCCAGUCAGUAAAAGUAGUACAUGAACGACUACAGAUCCAAAUUCAUAAAAAGGAAGCCGAGAAUGAUAAGUUGAAAGAAUAUGUAAAGAGCUUAGAAACCAAGAUAGCCAAGUGGAACCUGCAAUCAAGAAUGAAUAAGAAUGAGGCUAUAGUGAUGAAAGAAGCAAGUAAGCAAAAAACUGUAGCUUUAAAAAAGGCAUCUAAAGUUUACAAACAAAGGCUUGACCAUUUUACAGGAGCUAUUGAAAAGCUUACUUCCCAAAUUAGAGAUCAGGAAGCCAAGUUGUCUGAAACAAUUUCAGCUUCCAAUGCCUGGAAAAGUCAUUAUGAGAAAAUUGUAAUAGAAAAAACCGAAUUGGAAGUACAGAUUGAAACAAUGAAAAAGCAAAUCAUUAAUCUUUUGGAAGAUCUGAAGAAAAUGGAAGACCAUGGAAAAAAUUCAUGUGAAGAAAUUCUUAGAAAAGUUUACUCAAUUGAAUAUGAAAAUGAAACUCUGAAUCUUGAGAAUACAAAAUUAAAGACUACACUUGCUGCUUUGAAGGAUGAAGUUGUAUCUGUUGAAAAUGAACUCUCAGAAUUGCAAGAAGUAGAAAAAAAACAGAAAACCCUUAUUGAAAUGUAUAAAACUCAGGUACAAAAGUUGCAAGAAGCAGCUGAAAUAGUAAAAAGCAGAUGUGAAAAUUUGCUACAUAAAAAUAACCAAAUAACAAAAACCAAAAAUAAAAAUGUAGAGAAGAUGAGAGGCCAGAUGGAGUCUCAUCUGAAGGAGUUAGAGCGUGUCUGCGAUUCCUUGACGGCGGCGGAACGGAGGCUUCACGAGUGUCAGGAGAGUCUGCAGUGCUGCAAGGGGAAGUGUGCAGACCAGGAACACACCAUUAGGGAGCUUCAGGGCCAGGUUGAUGGAAAUCACAAUCUUCUGACAAAGCUUUCUCUGGAAGAGGAAAACUAUCUUAUUCAGUUGAAGUGUGAAAACCUUCAACAAAAAUUAGAACAGAUGGACGCAGAAAAUAAAGAGCUUGAGAAGAAGCUGGCAAACCAAGAAGAAUGUCUUAAGCACAGCAAUCUUAAGUUUAAAGAGAAAUCUGCAGAAUAUACAGCAUUGGCCAGACAACUGGAAGCCGCUUUAGAAGAAGGAAGACAAAAGGUUGCUGAAGAAAUAGAGAAAAUGUCAUCUAGAGAGAGUGCUUUACAAAUUAAAAUAUUAGAUCUGGAAACUGAGCUUAGAAAGAAAAAUGAAGAACAAAAUCAACUUGUUUGCAAAAUGAACAGUGAUCCAGAGACUCCAUGAAAUCUAUUUUUUUAAUUCCCAAGUGUCUAAAAAGUUGAAAACCUAAAAGAUUCAAGAGUUAAAUGAUUUUUGGCGUGCACAAUUUGAUUUUAUUGCCAUCAAAAGUUUCAUGACAACUUAGUCAGAACAAAACGUCAAUCACCUUUAAUUUAGCACAGGCCUUCCAUUUAUUUCUAAACUUUUUUAAACUCACCAUUUGACUUUCUGAUAUUGUAAAAUAUGUGUGCUGUUUUUUUGUGUAAUUGAAGCCUCUGAAAAAAUAAAUGAGGUGGGUUUUGCUGUAAUGUCCCUAGUACUUGGCUAAAGCUAGUAAAAUAAAUAGAUCCCAUUCACAAUUGCCACAAAGAGAAUAAAAUACCUAGGAAUCCAAAUUACAAGGAAUGUGAAGGACCUCUUCAAGGAGAACUACAAACCACUGCUUAAGGAAAUAAGAGAGGACACAAACAAAUGGAAAAACAUUCCAUGCUUAUGAAUAAGAUGAAACAAGAUCAUGAAAAUGGCUAUACUCCCCAAAGUAAUUUAUAGAUUCAGUGCUAUCCCCAUCAAGCUACCAUUGACUUUCUUCACAGAAUUAGAAAAAACUACUUCAAAUUUCAUAUGGAACCAAAAAAGAGCUCACAUAACCAAGACAAUCCUAAGCAAAAAGAACAAAGCUGUAGGCAUCAUGCUACCUGACUUCAAACUAUACUACAAGGCUACAGUAACCAAAAUAGCAUGGUACUGGUGCCAAAACAGAUAUAUAGACCAAUGGAACAGAACAGAGGCCUUAGAAGUAACUCCACACAUCUACAACCAUCUGAUGUUUGACAUACCUGAGAAAAACAAGCAAUGGGGAAAGGAUUCCCUAUUUAAUAAAUGGUGUUGGGAAAACUGGCUAGCCAUAUGCAGAAAACUGAAACUGGAUCCCUUCCUUACACCUUAUACAAAAAUUAACUCAAGGUGGAUUAAAGACUUAAGUGUAAGACCUAAAACCAUAAAAACCCUAGAGGAAAACCUAGGCAAUACCAUUCAGGACAUAGGCAUGGACAAAUACUUCAUGACUAAAACACCAAAAGUAAUGGCAAUAAAAGCCAAGAUUGACAAAUGGGAUCUAAUUAAACUAAAGAGCUUCUGCACAGCAAAGGAAACUAUCAUCAGAGUGAACAGGAACUGACAGAAUGGAGAAAAUUUUUGAAAUCUAUCCAUCUGACAAAGGGCCAAUAUCCAGAAUCUACAAAGAACUUAAACAAAUUUAUGAGAAAAAAAAAACCCAUCAAAAAGUGUGCAAAGAAUAUAAACAGACACUUCUCAAGAGAAGACAUUUAGGCAGCCAAAAAACAUAUGAAAAACAGCUCAUCAUCACUGGUCAUUUAGAGAAAUGCAAAUCAAAACUACAGUGAGAUACCAUGUCACACCAAUUAGAAUGGUGAUCAUUAAAAAGUCAGGAAACAACAGAUGCUGGAGAGGAUGUGGAGAAAUAGGAUGCUUUUACACUGUUGGUGGGAGUGUAAAUUAGUUCAACCACUGCGGAAGACAGUGUGGCGAUUCCUCAAGGAUCUAGAACCAGAAAUACCAUUUGACCCAGCAAUCCCAUUACUGGGUAUAUACCCAAAGGACUAUAAAUCAUGCUGCUAUAAAGACGCAUGCACACAUAUAUUUAUUGUGGCACUAUUCACAAUAGCAAAGACUUGGAGCCAACCCAAAUGCCCAUCAAUGAUAGACUGAAUAAAGAAAAUGUGGCACAUACACCAUGGAAUACUAUGCAGCCAUAAAAAAGGAUGAGUUCAUGUCCUUUGCAGGGACAUGGAUGAAGCUGGAAACCAUCAUUCUCAGCAAACUAACACAAGAACAGAAAACCAAACACCGCAUGUUCUCACUCAUAAGUGGGAGUUGAACAAUGAGAACACAUGGAUGCAGGGCAGGGAACAUCACACACCAGGGCCUGUCAGGGCGUGGGGGGGCUAGGGGAGGGAUAGCAUUAGUAGAAAUACCUAAUGUAGAUGACGGGUUGAUGAGUGCAGCAAACCACCAUGGCAUGUGUAUACCUAUGUAACCAACCUGUAUGUUCUGUACAUGUAUCCCAGAACUUAAAGUAUAAUAAAAAUUAAAAAAAAAUAAA